AUGACCUUCAUAGCCGUGCAAGCCAACUGCCUAGCAGCCACCGACGUGCUGCCCUACCCCAUGGACCCCCAGCGCGUGAAGGAGGUCUGUGCGUCCUUCUGCGGCCUCUCCCCCACGACGCCUUCGUGCGCAGGGCAUAGCACAUGCUUCUUCUCCGGGCCCAACAGGAACCCCACAUGUGCCUGCCUCACCGGGUAUGCCGACGGGGAGCUCCCUGGGACGUGCGUUGCAGUUGUUGCUGCUGGCGGGGCUCCUGCAGCAGACCUGUCCUUUCUCACCUCUCUGAGUGUCUCUUUCGAUGAUGGCGGCGGUGCAGCGAUGGCAGUAAGCGGAGCAGCAACCGUAGAGACGGACAGCAGUGUUGUGCUGACGAGCAACCAGCAGGCAGCGUGGGGAGCGGCGUUCCUGGUGUCGCGCGUGCGCCUCUUCUCCUACGCCGUCAAGAACCACUCGCGCGGCCGCGAGAUCGCCUUCAAGCUCUCCUUCUCCUUCUCCAUCGCCCCGGCCACCGACAGCAGCGGCGUCGGGAAGGGUGGCCUCGCGUUUGUGAUCACAGCAACGGAGGUCGUUUUUGGUGGCGAUGGAAGCACGUUGGGGUAUGUAGGCAUGGAUGAGCGGAGUCUUGCGGUGGAGUUUGAUACGUUCCAAGAUGCGAGCGGUGGAGACCCAAGCAACAGCCACGUGGGCAUCAACGUUGGGAAAGGCGGGCUGCUGUCGGUGUAUGUGGGCACUGCGGCCACUCGCCCCGCCAAGCCCGCUCUCACUCGAAGCGUGUCGCUGUGUGAUGUACUGAAGCCCACGUUUGAGGAGGCCACGUUUAUGGUUGGCUUCACUGCAGCCUCGUCUGACCCCCCCCAGCAGCACACGGUGCUGCAGUGGUCGCUGGAUACAGGUACUUACAGGCUCUAG